GCUGUCAUUGAGAGGAGGCAAGAUGGCAGCCGCGGCAGUGGCUGAGUUUCAAAGAGCCCAGUCUCUUCUCAGUUCAGACCGGAAUGCAUCUAUCGAUAUUUUACAUUCAAUAGUAAAGCGGGACAUCCAGGAGAGCGAUGAGGAGGCAGUGCGUGUCAAAGAGCAGAGCAUCCUGGAGCUGGGUGGUCUGCUGGCUAAGACGGGCCAGGCUGCAGAGCUGGGCGGUCUUCUGAAGUAUGUACGGCCGUUCCUGAAUUCCAUCAGCAAGGCCAAGGCGGCGCGGCUGGUGCGCUCGCUGCUGGACCUGUUUCUGGACAUGGAGGCAGCUACAGGCCAGGAGGUGGAGCUGUGUCUGGAGUGCAUCGAGUGGGCCAAGGCUGAGAAGAGAACAUUCCUCAGACAGGCCCUGGAGGCUCGUCUCAUCUCUCUGUAUUUUGACACAAAGCGGUAUCAGGAGGCGCUUCAUCUAGGCACCCAGCUACUCCAGGAGCUGAAGAAGAUGGAUGACAAGGCCCUGCUGGUGGAGGUGCAGCUGCUGGAGAGUAAGACGUACCACGGCCUCAGCAACCUGCCCAAGGCCCGUGCCGCCCUCACCUCUGCACGCACCACCGCCAACGGCAUCUAUUGCCCGCCCAAGCUACAGGCCGCCCUGGACAUGCAGUCAGGGAUCAUCCACGCAGCAGAGGAGAAGGACUGGAAGACGGCCUACUCUUACUUCUACGAGGCCUUCGAAGGCUACGACUCCAUCGACCACCCGAGAGCGAUCACCGCUCUCAAAUACAUGCUGCUCUGCAAAAUCAUGCUCAACCUUCCUGAGGAGGUCCAAGGUCUCGUCAGUGGAAAGCUAGCCCUGCGGCAUGCCGGGAGACAGACGGACUCUCUGAAAUGCGUGGCACAAGCCAGCAAGAACCGGUCGCUGGAGGAUUUUGAAAAGGCCCUGACUGAGUACAGAGGUGAGUUGAGAGAUGACCCCAUCAUAAGCACACACUUGACCACGCUCUAUGACAACCUGCUUGAACAGAACCUCAUCCGUGUCAUCGAGCCUUUCUCCAGGGUACAGAUAGAACACAUUUCCACCCUCAUAAAACUCUCCAAGGGAGAUGUUGAGAGGAAGUUGUCACAGAUGAUUCUGGACACAAAAUUUCACGGUAUUUUGGACCAAGGCGAGGGUGUGCUGAUCAUCUUCGAUGAGCCUGCAGUAGACACAACGUAUGAGGCGGCCCUGGAGACCAUUCAGAACAUGAGCAAAGUAGUGGACUCACUCUACAACAAAGCCAAGAAGCUCACAUAGAGGAGACCACCUGAAACCCAGCACAGAUCGUGUCCAGACAGUUUGUGAAGCACUCCGGGAUGGGGGGGGUCGGACUCAAAGAAACCAACUGACCAACCCACAAACUGACAUGGCUAGGCUGUCCCCCACUCCUCUUCAAUUCAGUCUGGGUACAUUUUUUUAAACUGCCCCCCCCCAACGAACAUUACAACUACUGGCAUCUCCAUCACAGGUUAUGUUCCUCGGCAUCCCCCUCCUUGCUGACCAUCAGGGAAUCUUGUAAAGAAACAUCUACAUAACAUGUAUGAUACAUAUAGGUCUCUGAAAGAGUGUAAUUGGUGGGCUCACACUACCUAAAGGUUCAGUUCUAUUGCCAAACAACCUCUGUGUUCUUGCCUUCAUCCCCCCUAACACACACAGACAGCAGUCUGAGUCUGCUGGCUUUGGGCCAGAGUGGACAGAGAAAGGACUACCUUCCCUGCGAACACGCCACAGGAAAAGGACACCGUCAUCGCCACACCGUUUCAUAGUUCCCAGAGCUAGGUCAAUAUAUUGUUUUUAUCCUGCCUGGGGUACCAUGAGGGUGUGGUUUUCCCUUUUGGGACUUUUCUAUUGGUUCCAGCUCAAUCGAGACCAGAUUAAGUACCAGAUAUGAUCUCUUAUACUAUUUGAAUCCAGGUCUAAUUGUUUCCCUCCCUGCCUCUAAUUCCAGUUUGUACAUAAUGUUGCCAGGUGUCUCUGUCAUGCUAACACUUCGCCCACCCCACCCCCUUUAAAAAAAAAUAUAUAUAUAUAACACUAAAUGAGAAUAAAUUAAGCCCCCAGUGUGCUUUUGUGAGAGGUGGUGGAAAUGAUUGACCUGGUUGUAUGGAUUGUGACUGACAAAGAAUGUGAGUUGGUUGUUUAUUCCUCAUGUAUUCAAACAACUGUGGAUCAUUUGCUGAAAAAUGUAAGCUGUAAGGUUUGGGGACUACUUUUUGCAAGGACUACUAGUCUACCAUUUCCCAUAUGAUAUAGAUAAAAGUGCUAAUAAAUGUUGAAUGUCACAGCUUAA